AUGAAACUCUUGCCCGUCGUUCUGGCCGCUGUCUUUCAGGCAGUGGUCAGUACCGCAUCUACUCUCACUCCACCCGUCAUUCCCUUGGCUGUUCGAAACCCCUACCUAAGCACUUGGCUGGCGAAUGCCCGAGAUGUACCCUGGUCUCGCUGGCCUAUGUUUUGGAACGGAGACGAUGUCGGCCUUGCGGUGAUGGCUCACAUCCCGAGCAAGGGGGGCCGUCUAUCCUCUUUUGGUCGAAGGCCAGGUAUGAGCCCCAAGUCCUCAUAUUUCCUGGUAUAUUCGACGCUAAUAUCUCAUAGCUACAAGAUCAAGUUCCCAACAUAUCUCGGUACCACAUACGAUGCAUCGACAACUAACCUUACGUACCACAUUGAUACUGGCUCCGUCGAUCCCCUGAACAUUACCAUCUCAUUUCUCUCGCCAAUUACCCCAACUUCCACUCUGCGCCAGUCGAUUCCAGCAUCGUACGUUACAAUCGAAGUUCAAGGCGAUGUUGACGUGAACGUUUAUAUGGAUGUCGAUGGCCAGUGGGUCAGUGGAGAUGUUACAGCUAACAUCGAAUGGAAACGGGACAGACUUAAGACCGAGAACGAAGAGCCUCGUCUUCAACGGUGGCAGGUGCGCAGAGAGACGGAGCAGUUGCUAUCUGAGCAUAAUGACCAUUCUGAAUGGGGCGCCCUCCAUUUCACUGGCCCUACAGAUUUGAGAUAUGAGUCUGGAUCAGAUCGUGAUGUGCGCCGGGGCUUCGCCAGCACUGGUGCGGUGCGCAACUCCAAUGAUAAGAAAUUCCGCGCUGUUCACGACCAAUGGCCGGUUUUUGCGUUCUCCCAAUCCUUCAAGCUUGGUCACUCGCACAAAAGCUAUGCAGACAGUGUCACCUUCACUCUUGCUCUCAUCCAAAUUCCCGUUGUGCAGUAUGCUUCCUCGCGGGGACUCACUUUAAUGCGACCCUUGUGGGAAUCAUGGUAUGGGACUGCUGAGGAGCUCUUGAACUUCCAUUACAACGAUUUCGCAGCUGCUAGCUCUAUGGCAGCCAACUACUCACAGCAGCUCGCGGAUGAUGCAUACCUUUCAGGUGCGAAUGAUUAUGUUGAUAUUGUUUCGCUUUCUGCGCGCCAGAUUAUGGGUGCAACCGUCUUUGCAGGAACUCCUGAUGACCCCAUCCUGUUCCUCAAGGAAAUCUCCUCGGAUGGAAACCUCCAGACAAUUGAUGUGAUCUAUCCAGCAUUCCCAUUCUUCCUAUACACCAAUCCCCGGUGGUUGUCAUACCUUUUGGAGCCUCUGAUCGAGCAUAUGCUCAGCGGACAGUACCCUAACACGUAUGCGAUGCAUGACUUGGGCACGCACUUCCCUAAUGCCACUGGUCAUCCUGAUGGAAAGGACGAGAAGAUGCCGGUGGAAGAAUGCGGCAAUAUUCUCAUUAUGGGGUUGGCUGUUGUGAACUCGCUCCGAUAUGAAGUCUCUACAGAGUCCUCAUCUAUCUGGUCAACCUUGGGCUCACCCUCAUCAGGGAUUGGAAGCAAAUCUCAGGGAUUGUUUCAUCUCAAUGACCAACAAGUUCUCGAUGGAAUUGCUCAUCAAGAUAGCAAAUGGGGUGGUGGCAAGGAAGGCCAGAAAUUGGCCGAACAAUGGGUGAAGCGAAGCUAUACCCUUUGGAAACAGUGGACCGGGUAUUUGGUGGAUUUCGCCCUUAUGCCUGAGAACCAGCUCUCCACUGAUGAUUUUGCCGGUCCCUUGGCUCUCCAGUCAAACCUAGCACUUAAGGGAAUUAUUGGCAUCAAUGCUAUGAGUAAGAUUGCUGCUAUCGCUGGAAAUCCUGCCGACGCCGCAUAUUACAAGAAAAUCGCUAGUGACUAUAUCGCAAAAUGGGAAAAGUAUGCCACAUCUUGGGAUGACACCCACAUCAAGCUUUCUUACGACUGGGCUGGUUCUUGGACGACGCUGUACAACCUCUACGCCGAUGCCCAACUCUGCUUCCACCUCGAAAACACCGAUACUAACUCCCCUGGCUUUGUCCCCCGCCACAUUUACCAGAAACAGUCGGUCUGGUACGACCAUGUCCGCCAGAAGUUUGGUCUUCCUCUCGACAGCCGCCAUCUAUAUACCAAGACCGACUGGGAGUUCUUCUCCAUGGCCGUUGUCGCCAAGCCUGUCCGAGCCGAGAUCCUCGACGCUGUUGCCCUCUGGGUUAACCAGACCGCCAGCAGGGGUCCCUUCACGGAUUUGCACGAGACUGAGGGCACGGGAGAUUAUGCUCAGGGUACGCAGUUCCGUGCUCGGCCUGUGAUUGGUGGCCAUUUUGCUUUCCUGGCAUUGGAGCGUGCUUGUGGGGGUCGAGCUAUGCCUGGCCUUGGUUUCCUAGACGAUGUUCAGGAUGAGCUCAUGGCCACUUGGACCAAGAGUGCCCAGCUCGCUGCGGAGGAGUUUAAAACCCCUGCUGGUCAUCGCCACAGGGAGGGAGAGCUGUAG